UCUCGUAUUGAAAAGGAGGAUGUGGCUCAUUCUUUCUGGCCAACUUGGCUGAAGUGUCAGCACCGCCGCACCGACAGACUUCUGGAAAGUUUCUGCUUGGUGUCCCCCCUCCGGUGCUGUCAUGGCCCCCAGCGUGCAGUUAAAGGAGGCGAUAGCUGAUGUACAGGACGGCAUUCGAGCCAUCCUUCUCGGACCUCCCGGAGCCGGGAAAGGGACUCAGGCUCCCCGGUUAGCGGAGAAGUACUGCGUCUGCCACCUGGCCACAGGAGACAUGCUGAGGGCCAUGGUGGCUUCAGGCUCUGAACUCGGCAGGAGGCUGAAGGAGACCAUGGACUCCGGCAAGCUGGUCAGCGAUGAGAUGGUGGUGGAGCUCAUAGAGAAGAACCUGGACACGACCGCCUGCAGGAACGGCUUCCUGCUGGACGGCUUUCCCAGAACGGUCAAACAAGCAGAAAUGCUGGACGACUUGUUGGACAAAAGGGACGAGAAGCUGGACUCUGUGAUCGAGUUCUCCGUAGACGACUCCCUGCUGGUUCGCCGGAUCUGCGGCAGGCUGAUCCACCAGCCCAGCGGCCGCUCCUACCACGAGGAGUUCAACCCCCCCAAACAUCACAUGAAGGAUGACGUGACGGGCGAGCCGCUGAUCCGCCGCAGCGACGACAACGAGACGACGCUCCGCUCCCGCCUGGACGCCUACCACCGGCAGACGUCCCCCCUGGUGCAGUACUACAGCACCCGGGGCCUGCACACGGCAGUGGACGCCUCCCAGAGCCCCAGCGUGGUGUUCGCCUCCAUCGUGGCCGCCUUCUCCGCAGCCACGGCCGCCCCAGCCCGCGCCACCGCCUGUAAAGACCAAGUCUUCUUUGUUUAACCCUUCUCUUCCUUCCUCUUUUUUCCCUCCUCGUUGGAGAUUACAAGAGUGGCAAGAAAAUCUAAUGUUGGAAUGUAAACAAGGAAAGUAGGAGCUUAAUGAGCCAGUCGUGCUCUUGUUUCCAUGGUGAUAACAUGUUGAAAGUGUGACUGAAUUAUGACAUUUAGCUGAUCUGAACUCCAUAGAAAACAUUCCCUCAGUGUUGACCUUCGUUGCUGGACUCUCUUGCUCUUUAACUUUCCCUUUUUCUUUUUGGGCCUCGUUGUUUUUUGUGGAUCCUUCUUCUUCUUCUAUAACUUCACCUUCCCCGAAAUAAGAUUUAUGUAUUUUCCAGGUGUGGAUAAUCGUAGAAAAAGUUGUUCCCAUCUCGAUGCGUGAGGUCUGGAGAUCCUAUCUAAGAUCCUUUUCAAACUAAAAGAUGGAUGGUGAAGAAUGUUUAUGCUUUAGAUGAUAAAAUCAGCUGCUGCUGUUUCUGCCUCCAUAAAAACUCUGAUUUCAUUGGCUGAGGAGGAUAAGAAGCUAUAAUAGUUAUGAUGACCUGCAGGAAACAAAAAGUAUGAGAACCCUGAUAUGCAUGAUAAAUAUCUACAUAUGCAGCUUCCAUCAAACCACCUUUAUGCUGGUUUUCAUCUGAAAGACAUUCGUCUCCAUCAUGCAUCUUUUACAGAUCCCAUAAUUAAUGAAUCUUCUAGAAGUUUCAGGAAUCGGAAUCAGCUUUGAAAUUAAUCAGCUAAGACUGAAACAAUUAGUCGGAUUAAUUGUGAUGAAUCUAUUAUUGAAAUUAUUCUGAAGUGGUUUGGUAAUUUAUUGUUAGCUGAAGGAAAUGCACUCUAAAAAGGUUA